ACGCUGAAAUAGCCGUUGGCUCAUAGUGCAGCGUGAACUCGAGAACAGAACUAUCGUGCGAGAAAUAAAAAAACAAAAUAAUAACAUAUUUUUGGUGAUCAGCAGGUUGUUUGUAUUUUAUUUAUUUACAUUAGCAUUUCGAAGGUGUUGCAGUUGUGGCGUGUUAAAAAGAACGGCAAGGUGCCAUUCACAGUUCAUAGUAAUGCAAAUGAAUAGUGAACCGAAGAAAACACAAGUAAAUAUGCAAAAUAUGAAGUUCACGAAGACGGAGGCGGAGUAUAACCUGAAGUCCAUCAGGUUUCUGCUGCUGACCAUCACAACUAUGUUUAUUAUAGUAGCAGGCCUGAUGGUUGUCCUCGGCUUUUCCGUAUACUCGGAGUACCACGACUUCUCUUUCUUCUACGGCGCGAAAGGCGGUCGCUUCGUCACCCUGUCGGCGCUGUCGGUUUUCAUCGGCAUGGUGCUGCUGGUGGUCACCUCCUUCGGGUUCUUCGGCAGUCUUAAGCAGAGCACGUGCUUGGUCAAUUUGUACGCGUUCUUCCUGAGCCUCAUCCUAAUUGUGAUGCUGGUGGUGGUGAUCCUGGCCUGCACUCUGGACUCCUCAACCGUGAUGAAGUACCUCUCCAUCCCCAUAUCCGGGUACGCCGCUGAUCCUGAGAUCCAGGAUGAGAUUGAUUCGCUGCAGUACUCGUUAAAUUGCUGCGGCAGCGACUCCUACCUCGACUACUUGAACACCGAGUUCACCAGCAACCACUCCACCGUCAUCACCACCAAGGAGACAGACGGCGACAUCGUCACCAUGGUCGUCCCUGCUUCUUGUUGCUCAAGUGCUGUUGAUGUGAUCUGUACAAGACUUAGGACUACUAGUUGCAAGGACGCUUUGGUUAAUAUGGUCAUUCAGAACUCUACGGUCAUUGGAGUUCUGGGUGUCUCUGUGAUGUUUAUCAAGCUCCUCGGCAUCAUCUUUGCUCUCCUUCUGGCCCGCUGCAUCCGCAAGAGUAAGAGCGAGCGCGCGCUAAUCCAGUGGAAGAUCCGCGAGCAGAUGAUCCUCGCGCGUCAACACACUGAUGAAUACAAGGCCGGUCAUACAGGCGUCAUGACGGUGUCUUUGGAGCAACCUACUUCUAGCAACGCAUAAACUGUUUUCAAAAUCAAAUCUGUGGCUACUUGCGAUCAUUGGCGCUGCUAUUUAAAUAUGAAAUGUACCGGCUGUGUAAAAAGGUUCAAAUUUCUUUGACUCUAGUAUGUCCUUUAUUCUAUGCUACAUACAAUAAUCGAAACACUAAAUAACUAUUUUUACGUCACUGGAGAGAAAUUUCCCGCUCCGCCUUGAAGGUAUUAUGCAGUAUUAUUUUAUUACCUUUAUAUAUAUCAUAUCUGAAUUUUGCACAAUAUAUGCUACUCACAAACUAAACUAGAGCAAGAUAUCUAUACUAGAUUAAAUUAUUAUUUGUAUUACUAUUAUGUACCACAAUAUUACUUAGUAAAAAAUAUUGCGUUACAAAAUUUGGAAGCGAGGGACAGUUAUAUUUAAAAUAAUGGAAUUGUAAAUAGUAUAUAGUAUGUAAUUAAGUCCCGUGUCUAAUCUUUUAUUGCAGAUGUUCUUAACAAAAGGGACCAGCGUUCAUUUGGAAAUGAGGUAUUAGUAUUUUUAUGUGUAAAAUAAAAUAUUUUAAAUAUGUUCUAUAGUAGUUUUAUAAUAUUGUAGUUCUUGUGUAUAGAUUUAGGUCACUUAGAUUGUAUCCUGGUCAUAAGUAUGUGAAUAAGACUAAAAUUAUGCUAGAAAUGUUUUAAUUGCACACAAGAUGUAAUAAUGUGGUUUUCUUAAUAAGUUUGCUAUAUUUAAUAUGAGCACAGUACAAUAAAAACACCAAUAAAGUUUUACUAGUAAAUACAAGAAUGUUAUCUAACUUAUUGGUUCUAGCAUCAAUAAAGGGAAAUAAAUU